AAGUGUUCUUAACAGACAUCGAUAUCCACUUUAAAACACCGUUUACUGAUCGAUUAGUUUGGUUGGUGAAGAUAAUAUCGUUAAAUAAGAAAAAUGAGUUUGAAAAGUGUACACAUGGGAUCCGACAUAUAUCUUGUUUGCCUCACUCAUGCACUUACUACGGAAAGAGAAGAAGUAAUGGGAUUAUUAAUUGGCGAGGUUGAUGAGGAUAGAGUCCUUCAUUUGUUUUCUGUCAUCAUUCUGAGGAGAUCAGACAAGCAGGCAGACAGAGUGGAGAUCUCACCUGAGCAACAGUCUGAUGCAUCUAUAAAAGCUGAGAAACUGGCUAAAGAACUUAACAGACCUUUGCGGGUGGUUGGAUGGUACCACUCACACCCUCACAUCACAGUUUGGCCAUCCCACGUUGAUGUGAGGACUCAGGCAAACUAUCAGCUGAUGGAUGACGGCUUUGUUGGGAUUAUAUUCUCUGUUUUCAGUGAAGACAAGACAACAAAGUGUAACAAGAUUGAGGUCACAUGUUUCCAGUCUAAAGAAAUCAAGUCUGAGUUCCAGAGACUAGAAGUCCCGCUGUUCAUCAGCCCCCGCUACAGCAUCAGUGCACACUGUCUGAAGACCAUGCUGGACCUGCCCCAGAUUUUGCUGCAAGAGGAGGACGAGGCGUAUGAGCAGGUCACCUCCGAGGAACAAGACUUGCUCACCCGCAUUCACAACACCUCAGUGUACACCAAGUCAGUGUGCCACGUUCUAGAGGUUGUCAGCGGCCCACUUCUACACACCCUGGAGAGUCGACUCAAAGCUAACAAAAUUCGAAUCCAACAACUGACACAACUCAAAGAUGAGCUCAAACAAAAAAUUAGAGAAGCUCAGGAAAAGAAAAAUCUCCUCUUGUAGAUGGCACAACAAACAAAAAAUUAGGGAAGCUCAGGAAAAGAAAAAUCUCCUCUUGUAGAUGGGACAACAAACAAAAAAUUAGGGAAGCUCAGGAAAAGAAAAAUCUCCUCUUGUAGAUGGCACAACAAACAAAAAAUUAGAGAAGCUCAGGAAAAGAAAAAUCUUCUCUUGUAGAUGGCACAACAAACAAAAAAUUAGAGAAGCUCAGGAGAAGAAAAAUCUUCUCUUGUAGAUGGAACAACAAACAAAAAAUUAGAGAAGCUCAGGAGAAGAAAAAUCUUCUCUUGUAGAUGGGACAAUUAUGUCAGUUUGAUCUCUCUCUGUGAUGUUUAGUACAAUGAUUGAUGCCAAAGAUGUUAGGUACAAUGAUUGAUGUCAGUGAUGUUUGGUGCAAUGAUUGAUGUCAAUGAUGUUUGGUACAAUGACUGAUGUCAGUGAUGUUUGGUACAAUGAUUGAUGCCAAAGAUGUUUGGUACAAUGAUUGAUGCCAAAGAUGUUUGGUACAAUGAUUGAUGCCAAAGAUGUUUAGUACAAUGAUUGAUGCCAAAGAUGUUAGGUACAAUGAUUGAUGUCAUGUUUGGUGCAAUGAUUUAUGCCAGUGAUGUUAGGUUAAAUGAUUGAUGUCAGUGAUGUUUGGUACAAUAAUUCAUGUCAUGAUGUUUAGUACAAUGAUUAAUGUCUGUGAUGUUUGGUACAAUGAUUGAUGUGAGUGAUGUUUGGUACAAUGAUUAAUGUCAGUGAUGUUUGGUACAAUGAUUGAUGUCAGUGAUGUUUGGUACAAUGAUUAAUGUCUGUGAUGUUUGGUACAAUGAUUGAUGCCAGUGAAGUUUGGUACAAUGAUUGAUGUCAGUGAUGUUUGGUACAAUGAUUGAUGUCAGUGAUGUUUGGUACAAUGAUUGAUGUCAGUGAUGUUUGGUACAAUGAUUAAUGUCUGUGAUGUUUAGUACAAUGAUUGAUGUCAGUGAUGUUUGGUACAAUGAU